AUGGAAGAUUCCAGCUGUGAACAUUCCUUGGAAGAGCAGUGUGUUGGGCAUCCUGGGAAGGAGAUGGACCAUCCUGAAGACCCUGGGAAGGAGAGUGACAGCAGGGAGACCCAGACAUGGGCCUGCAGCAGGAGACAUACGACAAAACACACCGGUGAGAAACCCUACAUAUGUGGGGAAUGUGAGUACAAGACAACUAACAAAUCUCACUUAUCCCGACAUAUGAAAAUUCAUACAGGAGAAAAACCCCACAAGUGUGACCAGUGUGACUAUUCUGCAUCGCAUAAAAGCAAUUUAGAUCGGCAUAUAGCAGCAAAGCACACUGGUGAUAAACCCUACAUGUGUGGAGAGUGUGGGUUCAGGACUGCUUAUAGGUCUGAAUUAUCUCGACAUAUGAGAACCCACACAGGGGAAAAGCCCUAUAAAUGUGACCAGUGUGACUAUUCUGCUGCAGGGAAAUCUGCUUUGAACCAACAUCUGGCAAAACACACGGGUGAGAAACCCUACUUGUGUGAAGAGUGUGGGUAUAGUGCGACGCGAAAUUCUUACUUAUCCCAACACAUGAGAACUCACACAGGAGAAAAACCCUACAAGUGUGACCACUGUGACUAUUCUGCUGCAGAUAAGUCUACUUUGGUCAAACACAUACGAAAACAUACCGGUGAGAAACCCUACAUGUGUGGGGAGUGUGGGUUCAGAACAGCUGAUAGGUCUACCUUAUCCCGACACAUGAGAACCCACACAGGGGAAAGACGUUACAAGUGUGAUCAGUGUGACUAUUCUGCAGCACGGAAAUACGAUUUGGACAAACAUCUAGCAACACACACUGGUGAGAAACCCUUCAUGUGUGGAGAGUGCGGGCACAGGACAGCUCGAAAGUCCACCUUAUACAAACAUAUGAGAACGCAUUCAGGGGGAAAACCCUUCAUGUGUGACCGGUGCGACUAUUCUGCUGCACAGAAAUGUACUUUGGACCGACACCUAAUGACACACACAGGUGAGAAACCCUACAUGUGUGGGGAGUGUGGGCAUAGGACAGCCGAAAAGUCUGACUUAGCCCGACAUAUGAGGACGCAUACAGGUGAAAAAACCUAAAGUGUGACUUUUCCGCCGCAGAGAAGUCCACUUUGGACAGGCAUCUAACAAAGCACACCGGUGAGAAAUUCUUCAUGUGUGAGAACAGCAACACUGCGGCUAGGAAAUCUCAUCUCCCGAAACAUUUGACAAGACAUACCAAAGAACCUACAUCUACGUGUGUGACAAAUGUACAGCAUACAACGUUUAUGCCUUAAAACGUGAACGGUCUUUUAGAAAAAAUUGCAUUCAGUUAUGAAAAUGUUAUCUGUAGCCUUAGUCUGUACCAGGGCCCGAUAACUACUGUGUAGAAAGGAAAUUUACAUUAGAGGCAGACAUGUUCAGAUAGCCUGGUUAGAUUUAUAGGAAAUGUUCAAGACGUUAGUUUGAACAAACGCUUAAGUCAAAUUGCACCUGAUACUUUAAUAGUUGUAGAUUCUGUACAUAAGAUAAUUUUAGUACGCAUAGAUUUAUGUUUCCUGUUAAAAUCGACUAUUCCUUUUUCUUAAAGAAUUGUAGAAAUCGUAGAUGUCACGGAAGUAUCUAAACGUUUUCGGCAUUGGUGUUUUUUUAUUUAUUUUAGUGUUAUUUGUUCGAAAAAACAACUUUACGUUUGCAACAUCUCGCAGCAUAUAUAUACAAAUAUAACAAUAAGAACAUUGCGUAUUGCUUACAAUGUGUACUUAGUAUUCCUUGUAUUCUGAGUGCUUAUUCUGUAUUAUUUAUCUUGUAGCAAUAUCGUUUACAUGAUUGAGAACUUCAUGCAGUUUGGUAAAGAUCAUCAUCAAAAUAAAGGGAUGUAAAUAAAACGAA